UUAACCGAAUUAGAGGUGAUAUAGAAGGUAACGAGGCAGGUCUGUAGGAGGGUCCCGUGUCCCUCAGCCCUUGACAAUGGCGGCGUCCAGGUCGGAAGAUAUUCUUGGCCAAAAAUGGGACCGCUGCGUCGCUGAUACCCUCAUUAAAAUUGGUGGAGGUCUCACCCUAGGAGUUGUAUUUUCUGCAAUCGUCUUCAAAAGGCGACCGUGGCCCCUCGUCUUCGGUCUAGGCUUUGGUGCGGGUAUGGGGUAUGCCAAUUGUCAACAUGAAUUCAACGAACCAUUCCUAGUGAAAGCAGAUAAAGUUAUUGUUAAACCUAAAGCUGGUGCUGUGCCCGAGGCUCCUACAGAAGCCCAGUAGUGCAAUAAUGUAACAGUUUCUUGUACAUUUUAUCUUAAGUCACUUUUGUAUAUUGAGGAAGUCUAUCCUGUAAUUGGAGUAAAUGCAUAUGCAUUUUUUUUUUUUUUUUUUAUGUUUACUUUUACUCGAAAGUCGAUGUUACUUCUGUAACGGCUUGUACUGAUGCAUUAUGUAAAACUUACCUUUUGUAAAUAACAUUGUCAUGGAUAACUAAUCUUUAAUUUUCCUCCCGUCAUGUGUAAAACGAUAUUGAAUAAAUUGUAAUGAAACAAUUGAAUAAACAACAAUUUUCACACUUGAAACAAUUUUCAAGUGUAAAUUGAAUAAAACAUUUUUUCACAUCACUGAAUAAUUUUCACACAGAUAAUUUUAAAGAUUUGAAAAAAAGAUGGAAUGGGCACAAAUUUGACAAUGUGGAUUAAGAAUAAUGUAUUACUAUAUUCAUAAAAUUACUUUGUUAAUUCUUCUUAAUGGGAAGAAGCUAAGUUUAUUUAAAUAUACAAAAAGCAAUUUAAUGAAGCAUAACUAUAUUGAGAAAAUAUUUGUAUAUUUACCAGCAGCACAAUCAAAGUAGCAGAUUAAUUUUUAAAUUGCAGAGUGUAGCAUUCAUGUGAGGAAAAGACAAGUGUCUGCAGGCUACCAGUUGUUACGGGACAAUAAGGUAAACACUGAACUAGUGUGUGUUAGGUGUAAACAAUUAUACCUGACCCGGGUUGUGGGUACAUAAUGUGAAGUUGUAUUCUAUUGUUCUUUCCUGUUGGGAAAGACUAGCUACAGUGGAAUGUUGAGUAAAGGGUUCCAUAGUUA